UCAAGAAUGCGUCAGGGCUCUAGAAGGGGAAAAAAGCGGGUGCGUUUAUAAACUUAAAAUAAUCAGAGGCAGCAUCUUCAAGGAUUGUGAGAAUGCCCCAAGUCGGGGCAAAAGUUUUGGCUGUUCGGGGAAGUGAUGAAAGGCCAAAGUGGCUGCAGCGAGCGUGGGCCCAGGAGGUCACCAGGCGCGUUGGUGCGAGUCGGGGAGGGCAGCCACGGACACCUAAAACCCACGGUACGCCACGCAAGGGGUUUCAGCACAUCCUGAAAGGCCCGAUACCCCCGGACCGCUGUGAGGGGGGCAGAGGGAGGUCUCUCGACAGGACGUGGCCUUAGUCGAGGAAGGUGGGAAGCAGGGGCUGGCACCUGCGACGCCCCACCCGCCCCCCGUGGCCUAGCAGCAGGGCGGGGAGAAGUGGCUCCCGCACCCCUACCAGCCAGCCGCUCCCACCCAGCCCUCGGCUCCCACAACUCGCGGGGGUCCUCGCCCGGGUCCCCCGCCCCGCCCGGCUGGUGACGUCACGGCGCUUGUCGGCGCCGCCUGUGGCGUCACGGGUCGGGCCAGCGGGGCAUUCUAGGGGUCCUUCGCUCUUGGAGCCGCCGGCGGCGGGCGCGUGCGCGGCCCGAUGAAGAAGGUGGUUUCCAAGCAGUCUCCGCCCAAGUUGAUUGAAAAGAAACGGGCAAAGGGACCUGAACAACCCACACCCCCAAUUCAGGAAGAGCCUGAACCUGUUAGCAAUGUCCUACAAGGAGAUGACAUUCUUGCUUUGGCCAUUAAGAAGGAAGACUUGAAGGAGCAACAUAUUCCUCGCCUUACUGAAAAGGAAGAUAAACGCGUCAUUACCCAGAGAUUUAUCAUCCGUAAACUCAAACCCACGGAUCCUAGGAGGAAGGUCUGCCACCUUGUAGCACGUCCUGCAAAUCCCGAUGCAGCCACAAAGCCUCUGGACUACUCUGAUCCCGGUGACAGCUUCGAUGGCAGUGACCAGAUCCUGCCCCACCACAUCUUGGGGAGUCUCCAGGACUUUAAGAGAAUUGCACUUGCUCGAGGGAACACCCGGCUGGCUGAGCUGAUACCUACCUCACCCUGUCUGAUGACCCUCAUCUCUGCUAAAGGAGAGUCAAAGCAAAAAGCCCCAAAAGAAGAGAAGAGACCUCCCUGGGCCCCACCUCCUCAGCACAACUUUCUGAAAAACUGGCAGCGUAACAUAGCCCUGCGGAAGAAGCAGCAGGAAGCCCUCAGUGAACACCUAAAGAAGCCGAUCAGUGAGCUGCUCAUGCACACUGGGGAGACCUACAGACGGAUCCAGGAGGAGCGGGAGCUCAUUGACUGCACACUUCCAACGCGGCGUGAUAGGAAAAGCUGGGAGAACAGUGGGUUCUGGAGUCGACUGGAAUACUUGGGAGAUGAGAUGACAGGUCUGGUCAUGACCAAGACAAAAACUCAGCGUGGCCUUAUGGAGCCCAUCACUCACAUCGGGAAGCCCCACUCCAUCCGGGUGGAGACAGGAUUACCAGCCCAGAGGGACGCUUCAUACCGCUACACCUGGGAUCGGAGUCUAUUUCUGAUCUACCGACGCAAGGAGCUGCAGAAAAUCAUGGCAGAGCUGGAUUUCAGCCAGCAGGUUAGUAUGGCCUCCAUGCCCCAGUCAGAAGCGCCUUGGGGCAGUGCCUGCCUUCAGUCAGCUCUUCCAACCUUUCUCCAUCUCUCGGAGGAUAUUGAUGGCCUGGAGGUGGUGGGCAAAGGGCAGCCCUUCUCAGCUGUUACUGUGGAAGACUACACAGUGUUUGAAAGAAGUCAGGGAAGCUCCUCUGAAGAGACAACAUACUUAGGCACAUUGGCCAGUUCCUCUGAUGUCCCCAUGCCUAUUCUCGGCCCUUCUCUUCUGUUCUGUGGGAAGCCAGCUUGCUGGAUCAGAGGCAGUAAUCCACAGAACAAGAGGCAGGUCGGGAUUGCUGUUCACUUGACCUUUGAAACCCUAGAAGGCGAGAAAACCUCCUCAGAACUGACUGUGGUCAAUAAUGGCACCGUGGCCAUUUGGUAUGACUGGCGACGGCAGCACCAACCGGACACUUUCCAAGACCUGAAGAAAAAUAGGAUGCAGCGAUUUUACUUUAACAGCCGGGAAGGUGUGAUUCUGCCUGGAGAAACUAAAACCUUUACCUUCUUCUUCAAGUCUUUGACUGCUGGGAUCUUCAGGGAAUUUUGGGAGUUUCGAACCCAUCCUACUCUAUUAGGAGGUGCUGUGCUGCAAGUCAAUCUCCAUGCAGUCUCCCUGACCCAGGAUGUUUUUGAGGAUGAGAGGAAAGUACUGGAGAGCAAACUGACGGCCCAUGAGGCAGUCACCAUCGUUCACGAAGUGCUGCAGGAGGUGCUGAUGGGGGUCUUGACCCCGGAGCGCACACCAUCACCUGUGGAUGCCUAUCUCACCAAGGAAGACUUGUUCCAGCACAGGAAUCCUCAGCUGCAUUACGAGCACCAAGUGGUGCAAAGCCUGCAUGAACUGUGGCGCCAGUACAUGACCCUGCCCCCCAACGCUGAGGAGGCCAGGCCAGGGGACAAGGAGCACGUCAGCCCCAUAGCCACAGAGAAGGCCUCUGUGAAUGCCGAGCUCUUACCGCACUUUAGGAGCCCCAUUUCUGAACCUCAAGUGCCCCAGCCUGAGAACGAGGCCCUCAGGGAAUCCGGAUCCCAGAAGGCCAGAGUGGGAACCAAGAGUCCUCAGCAGAAGAGCAUCAUGGAGGAGAUCCUGGUGGAGGAAAGCCCAGAGGUGGACAGCGCCAAGAGCCCCUGGGAGCCGGAUGGCCUUCCCCUGCUGGAGUGGAAUCUCUGCUUGGAGGAUUUCAGAAAGGCAGUGAUGGUGCUCCCUGAUGAGAACCAGAGAGAGGAUGCGCUGAUGAGGCUCAACAAAGCAGCCCUGGAGCUGUGCCAGAAGCCAAGGCCAUUGCAGUCCAACCUCCUGCACCAGAUGGGUUUGCAGCUGUGGCGAGAUGUGAUUGACAGCCUGGUGAGCCAUUCCCUGUGGCUGAGGUCUCUGCUGGGCCUGCCUGAGAAGGAGACCAUCUAUUUGAAUGUGCCUGAAGAGCAAGAUCAAAAAUCACCUGCCAUCAUGGAAGUGAAGGUACCUGUGGGGAAAGUUGGGAAGGAGGAGCGGAAAGGAGCAGCCCAGGAAAAGAAGCAACUGGGGAUCAAAGACAAAGAAGACAAGAAAGGAGCCAGGCAGGACCGUCCCAACAGCAAGAAGCACAGGGCAAAGGAUGACAAGAAAGUCAUAAAAUCUACAAGUCGGGACAGGUUUUCCUUGGAAGACCCUAUCCCUGACAUCAACCUCCCUUCUCAAGAACCCACAGACACCCUGGUCAUGGAGAAAUACACCCAGAGGCUGCACAGCGAGGUAAAGGGAAGCACCCAGCAGCCAUUCCCCCACCUCCCACCUGCCUCAUUUAUUCCGUUCAGUCUGCAUACAAUAAGUGCCCACUCCAUCAUGGUGGAAGCAGAGCUGCUUCAGGAAGGGCAUCCUCGUGUGUGAGACAGGCCUCAUGAAUAAGAAAUGUGCCUAGCAUGUUAGGUGAUGAGCACGAUGUGAGAGAAGA